AUGGUCACUCGUCCCUCCUUACCUGCCGCCCUCGCUUCCUCUCUUGUCGUCGCUUUCGUUGCCCGUCGUCCCUCUCCAUCACCCUCACGUCUCCUGCUGUCGGCCACGCUAGGUCCAUACUUUGCCUUCCGCGUCACCCUCGUCUCCCCUGGCCGUAUUUUUGUCGCGCGUUAUUCCCCGCCUCGCAAUUCCCCUAUCCACCUCGUCUCGCUUGCUUCCCUUCGUCGCCCGCAAUUCCCCACGCCGCCGCGAUUCCCCACGCCGCCCGCGAUUCCCCCCGUUGCCGUCGCCCUCGUUUCCCCCCAACGCCCGGUUUUCCCACCACGCACCACACGCCUUUCCCCCCACAUACACCAUCCACCUUCUUCUCCCCACACCACCUGCCUUCGGCCAACACCACACGCCCUCCUCCCCCCCACAUACCCGCCUCCUCCCCCCCACAUACCCGCCUCCUCCCCCCCACAUACCCGCCCUCCUCCCCCCCACAUACCCGCCCUCCUCCGCCCCACAUAUCCGCCCUCCUCCCCCCCGCAUACCCGCCCUCCUCCCCCCCACAUACCCGCCCUCCUCCCCCCCACAUACCCGCCCUCCUCCGCCCCACAUAUCCGCCCUCCUCCCCCCCGCAUACCCGCCCUCCUCCCCCCCGCAUACCCGCCCUCCUCCCCCACACGUACUCACCAUCCUUCCCCCCACAUACACGGGACAGAGAAGGAGGGUGAGAGGGGGAGGGGGAGAGGUGGAGAGAGAGAGUGGGAGGGACAGAGGGGUAGGGACAGAGGGACAGAGACAGUGGGGGAGGGAACGAGGGGGAGGGACAGAGGGGGAGGGAGAGAGAAGGAGGGAGAGAGGGGGGGGGAGAGGGCGAGGGAGAGAGGAGGAGGGAGAGAGAGGGAUGGACAGAGGGGGAGGGACAGAGGGGGUUUGAAAUAUGGUGCUAGAUGGGAGGGGGUCGGAUGGAUUGCCUCUCUCCCCGUCAACCCGAUCCCCUUCCCUGCUUCCCCCGAUCCCCUUUCCUGCUUCCCCCGAUCCCCUUCCCUGCUUCCCCCAAUCCCCUUUCCUGCUUCCCCCGAUCCCCUUCCCUGCUUCCCCCGAUCCUCUUCCCUGCUUCCCCCCAUCCCCUUCCCUGCUUCCCCCCAUCCCCUUCCCUACUUCCCCCCAUCCCCUUCCCGCCUUCCCCCCAUCCCCUUCCAUGCUUCCCCCCAUCCCCUUCCCUACUUCCCCCUAUUCCCUUCCCUGCUUCCCCCCAUCCCCUUCCCUGCUUCCCCCCAUCCCCUUCCCUGCUUCCCCCCAUCCCCUUCUCUGCUUCCCCCCAUCCCCUUCCCUGCUUCCCCCCAUCCCCUUCCCUGCUUCCCCCCAUCCCCUUCCCUGCUUCCCCCCAUCCCCUUCCCGCCUUCCCCCCAUCCCCUUCCCUGCUUAGCCCCAUCCCCUUCCCUGCUUCCCUCAAUCCCCCUCCCCGCUUCCCGCCUCCCUGCUUACCCCCAUAAUCUCCCUCUCCAUGUGUCCUUCCACUCCCUGCCCAGGUGUCCUUCCUCUCCCUAUCGCUGGCAGUUCCCCCCGUCGCUCGUAUAUUCCAUGCUAGUCACCCUCGCUCGUUGGGAAAUGGCAGUACGGGCGCUGUGCUUCGGCCAGCCUUUCUCAUCCUUACCUCUCUCUCAUUCCUUCCCACCUCACAUUCCUUCCCACCCUCACCAUCCCAUUCCUCUCUCUCCUCCCUCCUUGCACCCGCACUCUCUCUCUCUUUCUUCUUGCACUCUCUCUCUCUCUCUCUCUCUCUCUCUCUCUCUCUCUCUCUCUCUCUCUCUCUCUCUCUCUCUUCUUCUUCUCUCAGUCCUUUCGCACUCUCUCUCCGUCCUCUGGCACUCUCGCUCUUCUUCCCACUGCCCUCAGCCCUCCAUCCCCAUCCCUUCUCAACCCUUCCUUCCUUUUCAUGCCCUCCCCUUCCCCCUCACUCCUCACUUUCAGCCCUCUAGUUCCCAUGCAUGUGCACCCAUCCAUCACUGUUUCUCCAUACAUGCUUUCAUCGUGUGCACUAGCUUGUAUCCCCUUGCGGUUGUUCCCUUGCACCUCACACCACCUCCCCCAUGUUUCUUCACACAAUUCUUUCUGCCUAUUCCACUCCCCUAA